UGACCUCUACCGCUGUAGAAAAGGACCAGCCCUGCUAACUAGCCUACAAGGAUAAAUGUGGCAGAUAAUCUCAUGGAUGUUUAAAUUGUAGUAGAAACAUUGUUUCACUUUAUUUUCAAAGGAACAAACUAAAACUUACAAAAGGGCACCAUUAUUUGAGGUACCUUGCUGUUGGUUACAACUUAAGACUGUUUCCGUUUCUCUGUAUGUUGAUGUUUUGGCUAAAAAUACAUGCAAUCUUUGUUGCUUACAAUGAUAUAAGCAGAAAAACUUGAGAAAUAGAUCUGACGUUUAAAGCAACACCAACUCUAUAACCACUUCCUUCAUUUGACUCACUCGCAGUGGCCUCUCUAACAUAUCACACUCUCAGUUCAGCCAACGUAAGUAUAAGGAGGUAAGAAUGUUAUUCUCUUGUAGAAAUCGGUAAUUCGUGCCUCGUCUGGCUAAGCUGGUCUUGAGGUUCGUUCAUGGUAUGUUUGUCUUUACUAUUUGUUUAUAGUAAUAUGUAGUCUUAUUGUAAAAGUCUCAUAUUCUGGUCUGUGGUGAUGAAAGAACAACAUAUAUGUUAUGCUGCAACAAAAUAUACAGAAAGGUGCUGAACUGCAAUAAAUGAGGCACACUUAAUACGUUUAGUGUUUGAAGCUAAAGUAAUUGACAGAUGGACUUAGUUCCUCAAUGUUGUUUGAUGAAUAUUAGAUUAAGAGAGAACACUACCUAACUGGCUGUGUUACUCUGAGUGAUCAGGAAGCAGAUAGUUAAACCAGAGAUAAAUAUAGAGUUCAAGGUGUGGGGCAAGACAAAUGAUACCCAGAUCCCAGAAACAAGGUCAUAACCAGGAGUUAAACUUGAUCAUCUACACACAAAACCGUUUUCAAUAAUCUCACCGUGUGUCUGUGGCUGGAGGGAGUUUAUUUAGAGCAGAUCACAGGCGGGCUCUGUCGUGGAAAAUUUUACUUUAACACGAGUCUGGAUGAGAGGAAGUAAGAAACGGAUCAAAGCCUUGCAAGUUGAGAACAAAAAUACGGAGACACAGUCCGUCAAGUCUGUUCUAGCCGAAUCCGGCCGCGUUUUACAGGUUCUGGUCAUCAGAUCUUGUCACAACAGAGAGUCGGUGUUAGAAAAGACGCUUGUUUGAACUGUAGGUGUGAAGAUUUUGAAUGUAAUACACCAAAAUGUGUUGGAGCUCAACACAGAUGGUCUAGCCAUUUGCCUUUAGUUAAGAAAAGGGGUUCUGUGUUUGACGUUAAUGGGGACAACUUUGGUCCUGAUAAGUUCUUGGUUGGGAAAAUAAUAGAUAGUCCCGAACAUCAAGGACCUGCUGUUUUCUGACAAUGUGGGAUCUUAUCCACGGGUAAGACUCACUCUAAACAUUUAAUGUGCAUUUGGGUGAGAGUCUCCAUUAUGGUUUGUCACUCUCUAUUAUGGGUGUGCAUACGAGACCGUAGGCAGGCAGCAGUUGUGGUCGACUCUGCUGAUACGCAAACAUCAGCGGAUGUCACAGCUCUUUGUAUUGGUCAAGAGCUGUGACCAAUAUCAAGGUCACAGCUCUUGGUUAACCUGGUUACUGACAUGUGAGCAGGCAAAGAAACACACUGAAACAGUACAGGGAGAGGUGUUAGUAGUUUCAGCUCAGCGCAGGGCCAGACAACAGAAACAAAGUAGGAAAAUCAAUCACUACCAAAGGAUUACAAAUUACAAAAGACAAUGUCAAUGUCAUCUCUACUAGUUGAAUGUCAAAUUAAAAGUCCUGUCAUUUGUUAAACUAGAAACUGUUUAAUUUAUGUUGGAGUUUCACAGCUCACAUGUUGGCUGUGGCUAUCGUUACAUUUCCAAGCAUAAAAAAUGAUUUGUGACUUUGAGGCCAAGGUUGGUGGGUUUGACUCUUUUCCUAGUUUCUCUUACUUGAAACCGGAAAUUUCGAACAUCUGAGGGAAAAUUGAAAGCUUUGUUAAAUCGGUUGCAGCGGCUAAGUUUCUUAAAGUUUUGAAAAGUCGUCUUGAGCUAAAAAGACAAUAAUUACUGAGCUGAUACCUGUGAUGAAAGGUUUAUACAUCACUGAUAUUGUCUUCAUUUACAGGUAAAGUGUCUAAUUCUGGGAUUGUUUGGAAAGAAUGACACAAAACGUCAAUGUUUAAUGAGUUUUUCACUCUGGCGAAACAAUGCUUGAAAAACCUUAGAAUAUUUUUACGUUUGAAACUGUUCUCACUUCUAGGAGUUUAUAUUAGCUGCAUGUUGUUGCAGGGUGUGACGCUCUUCUUCUUUUUAUUUUAGGAAGUAUAUCUGCUAGAUCAGAAACAUUUUUGUGACCUAGUUGUAUCAUUAACACUUCCCUUUGCCUCAUCCAGGUCCCGUCUGACCAAACUGCAGAGAAUAAAGAUGUUGUUUUCUCCCAGAGGCCUUCAGUCUACGAUGCUCCUUGUUCUUCUUGGACUAGGCCGUCAUGAUGUGGAGGCUUCAGAAGGAAAACGAGUCAUUCAUAAAGAAGUUGGAGACUCUGUGGUGCUUUCAUCAAAUUUACCAGCUGAAGGGGUCAAAUGGGCAAGAUGGAGAUAUGGAGACUCAAAUGUAGCAUUCCAAGGUUCAGGUCUUACUCCAAACCAUCCAUUUAAGGACAGAGUGAAGUUAAAUGACACAAGUUUUAGUUUAACAAUAAGAGACCUGACUCUUCAAGAUUCUGGUGAAUUCAGUUUGAUGGGAGAGGUCAAAGGUGAACAAGGUUCAGUCCUCAUCACUCUGCAAGUUCAUGAGCCAAUAUCUACAAAUUCCAUUGUGUUUUCCAACGUCACUGAGGUUGGAUCAGAUAAAUUUUGUACAGUUUUUCUGGAGUGCAAAGCAAAUCCUCACAGUGACGUCACCUACAGCUGGACCGUGGGAGCCCAAACCAGAAAAGGCUCCACACUGCAAUACAGAAUUACACCACAAGAUGGCGACACAAUAUUCACCUGCAAAGCCUCCAAUGUUAUCAGUGAGAAGUUAGCAUUCAAAAAACUGAGAUGUAGCGAAACCACAGGACCCAGUUCUAAUGAAGGAUGUGGUUUUCCUCCCGUCAUGUUUUGGUUUAGGUUGGUUGUCGGGCUUCUUGUUUUCCUAGUGCUGGUCUGGCUGCUUUACGACCAAAAGUUGAAGGGUUUGAACAGGCGGCAGCAGUCGACCGGGACCCGAGUCAGCUGGAUCUCAACCUCUCACCUCCUCCGGGUGAUGCUUUGGUGUAUGAAAACUCAGGAGGCGCUGCAGAUGCACAAGACGGUACGAACUGCUGAUACACUCAAAACGUUGUUUGUCAGGGACGAGGAAAGAUGCUGUUUGUUUGUUUCUUCAGAUGAAAACAUCCCACCUCUAUAAGUUCCCAUCAACGACCAGGACAAUCGAUUGAGAACGAGUGGACAAGUUUUAGAAAAGUUUUAUUUUUGUGCCUCUGCUGUCUUCUCAAAACCACAGCCGGCUGUGGAGGACGGUCUCUCACACUGAGCCUGGUUCUGGUCCAGGGUUGUUUUUUUUUUUUUUUCCUCUCCACUGUCGCUGCAUACAUGAGCUUGGAAUGACGGGAAAUGAAACAACACAGUGCAACGACGGCCCGCAAUCUGCUGGGUUUCCUUAGACGUAAAACAUUUGAACAAAUUCAAAUAGUAAACCAAACUUGACUUGAUAACGAGGAACAAACAGAAAGUAGGACUGGAUCGAAUUGUCUUGUUUUACCUAAAGUCAGUUGAGAUGGUGAAAUAUAAAAAACUGAACUGUAAAUGUAAACUGCAGUAUCUCGCAUAAUUCUGAGUCAUUCUUAGUAUUUUGCCUGCUUGUUGCAUUUAGUCACACGUUGGUGUUUUGUGUUUUUGAAAUGAGAAGAAGAACAGACCGUUUAGACAAUUUGCAUAUUUAAUAUCUGUCUCGGGUUUUAUGAUGAAUAGGAUUUGUAUAUUGCUGCAUUAAAUACUUGUUGGCACAUUAAUAUGAAAUGAAUGACUAUUUUCUUCA